AUGGUGAGAGAUAUGAUGAGUGGUAACGAGAGUUUCCAAUUAGCGGCUACAGCUAGAGUGAGUUUUUUGUUAUCAACUGAAAAUCCUCCAAUUGAUGUAGUUAUUCAAAGUGGUGUUGUUCCUCACUUUGUGCGAUUUCUUUAUGAGCAAUAUGGCUUCCAACACAAGCUUUAUUCUGUAAGUGCUUUAUAUGCUAUUGGAAAAGGGUCAUUAGAACAGGCAGUCGCUGUAAUUAAACAUGGAGCCAUACCUAUGUUUAUACGGCUGUUGUGUUGCUCUGAAGAAUGUUAUCAAUUGAAGGAGCUGGUGGCAGCAGCUUUGGGUAGUCUGGCCAAUCAAUCUCCUGAUUUUAGAGACUAUGUUCUUCAGUUUGGUACUCUUACUCCAUUGUUAUCUUUAUUAGAUAACCACUUGGAGCCUCCUAUGCUUCAUGAGAAGAUAACCUUGUUGCGUGCAUGUAGCAACACCUUGGCUAUAUUCUGUCAAGGAAAUCCAGCACCAUCAUUUAACCAGGUAUAA